CGCAGGCAGAAGCCAACGGAGACGCUGGUGCCUUUUUAUGCUUAGAGCAGAGCUGUAAUAAAUGCAGCUCGAGGUUUGAAGAAGAACAACAGGAGAAGAAAGAAGACUCACACUCACUCCCAAACUUCCAAGUAUAAAAAAAAAAAAACCAAGUUCCUUUCAAUUGGAUCUUCUUCUCCUUCGUUUAUUCUUUCUGUGUGUGCGCGCGCGCGCGUGACGGAUUGGGUUGGGAUCUCUGAGAUUGGGAACCCGAACCCAUUUUGUAAGGUACAUAUCCCGUUUGUCAUUGCCGCAAGAAAUCAGAUCAGAUGGUGUCCGACUUUGUUGUUUCCUCCAUCUAGUUUCAGAUCGGCAGCUUCGGCUUUUGCUUGCUUUGUUUGCUCGUCAUUGUAUGUUAAAUUUGCAGCCACUUUUCUUCUUUGUUGCUCUCUUUUGUGGAAAAGGUUUCGGGAUUUCAUAGUUCAUACUUCAUUCUGUGUGUGAAAGGAGAAAGCCAAUGAUUAACAAAACGCUCCUUUUCACAUACUUGUACCUGCUAGUCUACAUUUUGCUUUCUUCCGGAGUCAUAUUGUACAACAAGUGGGUUCUGUCUCCGAAAUACUUCAACUUUCCGUUUCCUAUAACGCUUACCAUGAUUCACAUGGGCUUUUCCGGGGCCGUUGCAUUCUUUCUUGUUCGGGUUUUCAAGGUUGUAGCUCCCGUCAAAAUGACAUUUGAAAUAUACGCAACAUGUGUGAUACCGAUAAGUGCCUUCUUCGCAUCAAGCCUUUGGUUUGGUAACACUGCUUACUUGCACAUUUCUGUGGCCUUCAUCCAGAUGCUCAAAGCAUUAAUGCCUGUCGCAACAUUUAUCAUGGCUGUUAUGUGUGGCACUGACAAACCAAGGUGUGACGUGUUCUUGAACAUGGUGCUGGUCAGUGUUGGAGUUGUCAUUUCCUCAUAUGGGGAGAUUCAUUUUAAUGUAGUUGGUACAGUUUACCAGGUUACGGGCAUCUUUGCAGAAGCUCUUAGGCUGGUCUUAACACAAGUCCUUCUACAAAAGAAGGGCUUGACUCUAAACCCCAUCACCAGUUUAUAUUACAUAGCUCCAUGCAGUUUCAUGUUUUUGUUUGUGCCUUGGUGUUUAUUGGAGAAGCCUCAUAUACAAGUCUCAGAGGACCAGUUCAACUUCUGGAUCUUUUUCUCAAAUGCCCUUUGUGCUUUGGCCCUGAACUUCUCCAUUUUCUUAGUAAUUGGUAGAACAGGGGCAGUUACCAUCCGGGUUGCUGGUGUUCUGAAAGACUGGAUAUUGAUAGCCCUUUCCACUGUCAUCUUUCCAGAGUCCACAAUAACUGGGCUAAAUAUAAUUGGCUAUGCCAUUGCACUAUGUGGUGUGGUCAUGUACAAUUAUAUAAAGGUCAAGGAUGUUCGAGCAUCUCAACAACCUUCUGAAAGCCUUCCUGAAAGAAUCACCAAGGAUUGGAAGUUGGAGAAGAAAUCAUCAGACAUAUUCUUGCCUAAUGACACUAGUGAUAACGGCAAGGGAAGCAGUGGAGGGAAUGGUGGUGCCUCUGAUUUGAAUUUUGAUGAAGAAACACCUCUACUUUCAACAUCAAGGUUAUCUCAUAUCGGACGUUCACAGCUCAUGCGUGAUUCAUGAGGGCAUAAACGUGGGUUGAUGUAUUUGGAAAAGAAAAUAGUAGAGGCAGCCUGUUCAAAGGCAUCUGACUCCAUUCUUUCCAGGCAAUGUAUCCAUAUGAUACAUGCAAAGGCGAUUCAUUUGUAUUUACUUCCAUUUAUGGCAUGUAUGCAUGAUUUUCCCGUCUUUGAGUUCUGUAGCCGGGACCAAUUGUGAACGAAUGGACCAUAGCAGAAUCAAGGCUCUUUGAUCUGGAAACUUUUUAUUAGUAUCUCAGCAAAUGGAACUGUUUUCCCCUUA